CGCGAGGUGCCCCACGCGUACGAAACCGUCCAGCCGUUCACAUUUGCGCUCAUACUUCCGACUGCGCUCAGGAUACAUGGACAACUUUUUCGCUUUGUGAAUGUCAGCAGGGAACAUCUCUGAAAUUGUAGUCACAAAAAAAAAAACGGUUCACUUCUUAACUUGUGUUUUUAUACAAGUCGAAAAUGUGAUUUCUCUCAUGGGGAUAUAGCGUCGUACCAUGGUUUUGGAACCCGGCGUCUCCACCAGGACAUGGACUGCUGCAUAGCCCCUGUGGCAGCCUAUUGUAUUCAUGCAUCCCAAAAGGAGACAUGAAUGCAAUGAAUUUCUUGAACAAAAUGGCAUUAUGUGACCCAACCAGUAAUACAACCAAUAGCUCAUAUGACCAUGGGAGUUUCGGCAUUGAUGGGUACAUGAAUCUAAGUUCUGGGGGCCCGAUGCCUGUGAUGGAGGAAGUAAAUAUCAGCAACAGUGAGAGCAACAGCAUGCCGAAGAGCAUUGCUCUCAUCUGCUUCCUGUCCCUGGUGAUGCUCAUGAGUGUCCUGGGGAACCUCCUGGUCAUGACGGCUGUCUGCAAGGACCGCCAGCUCAGAAAAAUCAAGACCAAUUACUUCAUAGUAUCGCUGGCCUUUGCAGACCUGAUGGUGUCGGUGCUGGUGAUGCCGUUUGGUGCCAUCGAGCUGAUCCACCAGAACUGGAUUUAUGGAGAAACCUUCUGCCUGGUCCGGACAUCUCUAGAUGUACUGUUGACAACAGCCUCCAUAUUACACCUGUGUUGCAUAGCCUUGGACAGGUACUAUGCCAUCUGCUGCCAGCCGCUCGUCUACAGGAAGAAGAUGACAUCACUGAGAGUGGCUCUAAUGUUAGGAGGAUGCUGGGUAAUCCCCACCUUUAUAUCCUUCCUACCCAUUAUGCAAGGAUGGAACAGUAUUGGAAUAGACCAUUUGAUAGAGGCACGGAAGUUCAGCAGUGACGUGGCCAACUCGACGGCGUGUGUCUUCAUGGUCAACAAGCCGUACGCUCUGACGUGUUCCGUGGUGGCCUUCUACAUUCCACUGGGGUUGAUGGUGCUGGCCUACCAGCGCAUCUAUGUGACUGCACGGGAGCACGCACGCCAAAUCAGUAUGCUGCAACGGGCGGGGGCCGCCUCGGCAGACAGCGCCGACCACCAGCGCAACCACCGCAUGCGUACAGAGACCAAAGCGGCCAAGACUCUGUGCAUCAUCAUGGGCUGUUUCUGCCUGUGCUGGGCCCCUUUUUUCAUCACCAACGUGGUGGACCCCUUUAUAAACUACACAGUGCCGGACCAGCUGUGGGCAGCAUGCCUGUGGCUGGGCUACAUUAACUCCAUGCUUAAUCCCAUUCUCUAUGCCUUCCUGAACAAGUCCUUCCGCCGUGCCUUCCUCAUCAUCCUCUGCUGUGGGAGAAAGCGUUACAGCGCCAGGCGGCCAUCCAUACUGGGGCCGGGGCCCCCCUGCUCAGCCACACAGAUAAACGGCUCCACCCAUGUGCUCAAGUAUGCUGCCCUGCACAAUGGAAACCACAUUGAACAGGAAAAGCAGUCGUUGCAAAGAGAGGACACAGAGUCGCAGGAGUCCUGCUUCUGACAACCACAGACAGACAGACAGACAGACAGUCACUUCCCCAUGUAGGCUGAGACAGGGACUGGGUCAGAACCAGCCCUAGAGGGGUCAUUCUAAAACAGCCUCUCCAACUGAGAGACAUCCAACUCAACAACAUCUCCGGACUUCAUUCUUAGUAGCAGGAUUUGAUUAUGGACUGUGGAACACUAAAAGGUGAAUAAUGUUGCCAAAGCUAUUUGAUAUGAACUUGGUUUUAAGAUAUGUCCUUCCAUAUUUCCUUUUCUUAGAAAAGGAAGGAAAACACUCCAAAUCUCUCUGAUCCACUAUAGCUCCGUUAGAAGACGAAUGUUCCAGUAAGGCUUAGUGUCACUUAGAAUGAAGCAUUAACUUGAAAUGUUGUAAUUUAAAAAAUGUAAAGGUCUCUUGUCUCUCCCUGUCAUUGGUGCCCUGUACUCAAUCACUAGCAGCCUACAUCAUCUGAUUUAUCUUGAUGUUCUGCACAAUCUUCAAAAGCCGAAAGGGAUAGAAAGUAAUUGAACACACCUACGGUAAAGUAUGAAGUAAUUCAGCUCUUGACCGACUCUUGAUGAGUAUUAUUAGCUGCUAAAAUAUAUAAAGGAUCCAUCCCUUCCCUGUCAUGACUCAUCUCUCAGAUGUCUACAAGGAAGGACCAUGCAAUAAGAUGGACAUGUUUCGAUGAAAGCUUUUAAAAGGUUAUGGUUGCUGGAGUCAUUUAAUCUUGGUCACAGUAUUUUACCUCCUACUGCUGCUGUGUGGUAGUCUACUACCGUACUCUGUACAGUACGUGUGUGCAUACUUGAGAUCAUGUCCUAUGCUUUUUGAAGUGCCGCUCUCAACAUCACGUGUGUUUAGUCCAGUACACAGUAACAUCCAAUGUCUUAUACAUGACUAACAGUAGCCUGAAAACAUGUGCCAGAAUGUACUCACAUUUUCAUUCAUUUUAUAUUCAUCAGCAAUCAAAGGUAUCCUUGAAAUGUAUACACAGCACUUCAGCCAAUUUUUACUUGCACCUGAAAUGUAAACAUUGGCUUUUUCACUUAGGUUAUUUUCCUGUGCAAUUUCAGAGCAAACCAAUCCACUUGCUGAGUCCUUCAGUAGGCUACCAAUGAGGUCUAGCUCAUGUAAGGUAUUCGCCACCAAAGCCAGCAUUUAAUUUUCUAUGAGUCAUCAAAUAGAGGACCAGUGGUACACUUAAUUAUAUGUUCUGUCCAAAGCACUGGGAAUAUUUACUUUCAGUAAGCAAUGUAAAGAGAUCAACCAACAGGAUGAAGAGAUUACCAACUGUAUUUUCCCCCACACAUCCAUUCUGUUAAACACACAUUCAAUUUAAACUAAAUGACCCUGUUGGUUGAACUUCCUGAUGAAAUGUCCAACCUUUGUAGAUAUCUGCUUUUGAUGGGCUAACAGUACGGUCCUCAUGUUUCUGUAAUGCAGAGAAUGUAGAUGACCAUUCAGAUGUCUCAGAGUGGGGUGUUGACGGCAGGGUCAAGUGUGUUACACAGUGUCCAGAAGCAUUAAGCCAUUAAUCAUGACAUUCAUACCGUCUUCCUCCUUAGAAAACUGAAACUUCAGUAACAACACUCCUUCAUCCUGUCCUUGGAUUCAAACUUUCCCCUGGAGAUUCAUGAGAAGUAAUAAUAACGUUGAGUUUUAUUUUAGGAAUAUUUAUACUUUUCAGGGGAAGGUUUUUAGUGGCAUUGACAGUUCUGCUAUUCCAGAGGGUCUUGGUCGAUACAAAUGUUCUUGUUUUUUCCUGCAGUAACUGACAGCUAAAUGUAUUUAGAAUAUAUAGGCAGAGCAUUUACAGUGCUAUACCCUCCCACUACAGACAUCAAACUAAUGUGUUUUUUGUUCGUUUUUUUAUUCUCCUUUUAAAAAACGAUAUCUUUCACUGUGACCUCUUCCUUAAUUGAAGCACUAGCACUUUUGUAAAAUAUAGAUGAUAAUGUAAAAAGAUUAUUCCAUAGUCUUCUCAUCAGUUGAUUGUCCGAGACCAACAUGAUGUAAACCAUGAAUAGGUAUUUUGAUCACUUAAGUUAUUAACUUUCCUUUUCAUUCAUCCUGAGGAUUUAAUUUAAUUUUUUAUUUUAUUUUUGGUAAUACAUUCAGAAAAUUGUGUUAUGUCAUUUUUAAAAAAUUAUGAAUAUAAAAGUAACUACAAUGUGUAUAAUCCAUUCUAAUUAUAUAAACAUCUUCUCAAAUGAUUCCUUUUGUGAGUAAGACUGUGCACUUUGUACUAACAAUGCAACAUAAUGUUUGUCCGUGAACUAUCUUAACCAUUUGUAUAUUUUAUUUUGUGUUUGUGUUUUUUAGGAAGUGAAUUCAGCCAAUGAAGCAGAUUAUGCAUUGUUCUGUCAGCAUAAUGAAGGCUUCUGUUUCUGAGAUUUUAAAGUUUAAAUAGUGAUGUAUUUUUCUGCAAAGAGUGUAAAAUGAGUCUGUCUGUUCAGUGGGCAAUUAUAAUGACUUUAUAUUCUCCAUUCCAGUAGCUCUGCUGGCCUAUCCUUCCAGCACAGUAUAAUGGUAAAGGCUGAACAUGUAUGCUACCAUAUACUAUGACUGAUGCAGUCUCAUACAGCUGUUGAUUGAGCUUUCCUUUGUUCAGGAUGUUUAUAAACCUUGUUCAUCACAACA